ACUUAACCUCCAUUAUAGGCUCCAUACUAAACGCCCGGAUCUUGCUCGGGAGGCAUCCAUCUUCCAGCCAUGCAUAUCGACGCACACUACCCCAAGUGCUUUGUCUACUACCUCAUACUCGGCUCAUGGCUCCUCUCCUGUCUUCUCCACUUCGAGUACUUCCACCUCUCGCGCUCCUCCUUUGCAGCACCCCGCUCCGCUGCUCUGAUCGUACUGCCCAUCGCGCCGGAUGCAAGCUUCCUUCCCACCCCGACCGUCGAGGCUUACAACAGGCAGCGAUCAACAUCGUCGUCGGUGGUAGCGUCACCUUCGCAGUCGUCAUCACAACCAUGGUGCGAGGGACGGUAUGUCUUCAUGCUGGACGUGCCAUCACGCUUCGAUAUGCUCAGGGACUGUGUUGCCGGCUCGCCAUUGUUCGACGACAUGUGGAGCUGGUGUGCAAUCACGGUCAAUGCUGGGCUUGGCCCCAAGAUUGGCCCCGUCGCCGGCAAUGGCAGCGACGGCGACACAGAUAUCAUCCCUAGCACCGGCUGGUACAGCACAGACCAGUACUCGCUGGAGGUGAUCUUCCACAACUGGAUGCGGCGGUACGAGUGCCUCACCGACGACCAGACAGCGGCGACGGCGGUGUACGUACCGUACUACCCGGCGCUGGAGCUGCACCAGCACCUGUGCGGGUUCAACACCACAGUACGCGACGGCCCGUCGGAGGCGUUCCUACGGUGGCUAUCUUCGCAGCCCACGUGGGCGGCGCUCGGCGGGCGCGACCACUUCAUGGUGGCCGCCAAGACAACGUGGAUGUUCCGGCGGGAGCCAGGCGGCCGAGACGAAGGGUGCGGCAACAACUUCCUCGGCCAGCCGGAGGCCCGGAACAUUACGGUGCUCACCUACGAGUCCAACAUCUGGGCGCCGCGGGACAUCGCCGUGCCGUACCCGAGCUACUUCCACCCGUCGUCGGCCGGCGAGGUGGUCGCGUGGCAGGCGCGCGCGCGGGCCGCGCCGCGGCCGUUCCUGUACGCGUUCGCAGGCGCGCGGCGUAUCAAGGGGCAGCUGGCCAUCCGCGACCGCGUCUUCGACGUGUGCGAGGCCGCGGCGCGGCGCGGCCGGUGCGGGAUGGUGGACUGCAGCCAUGGCCUUGAGGGCAGCAUCACAUGCCGGUCGCCGCGGAAGCUCGUCUCCCUCUUCACCUCGGCCCGCUUCUGCCUGCAGCCGCGCGGGGACUCCUUCGCGCGCCGCUCGUCCAUUGACAGCGUCAUGGCCGGUUGCAUCCCUGUGUUCUUCCACCGGCCGUCCACGCUCAAGGCGCAGUACCGCUGGCACGAGCCAGAGCCGGGUAGAACCAACAGCGACGACCGCCGGUACUACGUGCUCAUCGACUCCAACGACGUGCUGGAAGGGAGAGUGGACAUUGAGGAGGAGCUGAGCAGGUACACGGAUGACGAGGUCACCGCCAUGAGGGAGGAGGUGAUCAAGAUGAUCCCGAGAUUCCUGUACAAGGACCCCAGGGUGAGGUUCGAGGGGGACAUGAGGGACGCGUUCGACAUCAUCAUUGACGAGAUGAUAGCCAGGAUGAGGAGGAUAAAAAAUGGAGAGCAAUUGAUAUGGAAGGGCGAUGGCGAGGAUAGGGAUGAGGAUUUGAUUGCCAGCGAUUCAUGACACUAGUUGAAACAUGUUUAAUUUCUUUUGUGUACCUGUGAUGGUACUAGACUGUUAGUUUUGUUGUUCGUAUUUUGCUGUUGUGUGUUGCUAGUUAAUCAGAGCGUACAGUUGCAA